GAUGACCAAAUCCUGCGUUGAGAGUAAAAAGCUCUUCAGCUGUGCUGGACGGUGAGGCUAUGGCGUAAUGUCUCCGAACACGUUGAUAAUCUCUCGAAUCACCGGCGCCACCCCUCGCGUCGUCCCAUAUGCAAUGAUAUGUUGUGCAGACCAGUGAUGUCUCUAGCUGCCGCGUAUCGAGCUCGUCAACGUCCCACUUUAGAGGAUAAACAGCUGAUACUCGUCCAUUCUUGUCCAACCACAACCAACGGUGUACCGCUCCGACAACCAGCCAAUAGCCAUGCUAUAUUUGCACUUAGCAUAAAUCGACAGCACAGUCAGGUUCGAUUCACCUGGUGGAUGUGCCUCCUUUGUCGUUGUCCGCCUCCAUUCACUCCUCUGUUCUGUUCGCUCUUCGGUAACACCAACUUCUCUGCCUUCAACCAUGCCGAGACGUCGGCGGCGGUUCCGCUCGCUCUCUCCGAGCCAUCGUCUGUAGUGGAUGUUUUCACCUUCGAGCCGAGGCAAAAGCAAGGCCAUCGAUUAUCGGACAUCCGUUGCUCCUGGGAGGCUGCUGUUCCAAUUCCUGGUUUAGUCGUCGUAGGCCGCCGGCCCAGAGCAGUCGUUUCUUCGUCGUCUUACACACUCUCCGAAUACUACAAUUUUCAUCAAAACGAUGAAAGCUUGCGUGAAGGCGGAGUGCACAUCUGUUCCAGGCACGCGGUUUUCUCCUUCCGUGUUACACAAGAGUACGGCAUAGACUCCGAGUCGAAUAUAAUUGUGCUUGUUAACAAUCUUGAUCCCUGAAUUGGAUAUCAUUGCGCGAACCACGGUAUGCCAUAGCAUUCCGACCUUCCGACCUUGGGGCCUAUGGAUCUUUGGAGAUGUUUUAUGCCCUGAUUACGCUUCAUGGCCGUGAGAUCUCAUCAGAGAAUCAAAGUAAUUUUAGGCUUCUCUCACAACUCCGAGGCGUAAAGGAUACUCAAAAGAUGCUGGUCAAGUUUCAAC